GCUUUGGAUCCUCCUCUACUUGUUCAAAGAAGACAGUUUGGUGUUGUGGGGCCAUAGCAUAAGCGAUCGGUCGGUAUAGAUGUGGUAUAGAUGUGCCGAGAUCAGUUCUUGUUCUAGGCUCUGGUAGCUCCUAAUUGAGUGCUUUGUGCGGCAUGGUGGAGAAUUUGGUCAUUAGGUUCAGUGUUGGAUGCUUAGUUUGUGGGGUUCACGCAGUUUUCAGGAACUUUGAUGGACUGUACUUAGAAGAGAAUGAUGUCGUUUGCUAUGGUUUGGUACGUUGUUCUGGAUCUUCAAGUUAGGAUAUUAAUUCAUAUUUCUUUUUUUUGGAGUGUGGCUUUGUUGAUUUUAUAAAAGGAAAGG